AUGGAUAGGAAGAAGAAGAAAGUGUGGUUUUGGCCGGAGAAACACGCCGGUGGUGGAGGCGGCGGGGGAACAAUCAAGGAGGCGGAGGAUAUGGCGGCGGAGCAUGUAUCGGUAGAAGGUACAAUGAGUCACUACAGCUUUAGCAAAGGCCUUCUUCCGCCGCUCGGAGUCAAUUCUCGCUCUACCCGCCACGUCAAGCUCCGCAGCUUCAUCGUCUCUCCCUUCGAUCCUCGCUACAGAGCGUGGGAUUGGUUUCUAGUGUUGUUGGUGCUAUACACAGCAUGGGCAUCGCCUUUUGAGUUUGGUUACCUACAAACGCCAAAAGCACCUCUCAGCAUUCUAGACAACAUCGUCAACGGAUUCUUCGCUGUGGAUAUCAUUCUGACUUUCUUUGUUGCCUUCUUGGACAAGUCAACUUAUCUACUAGUCGAUGAUCCCAAGAGAAUAGCUUGGAGAUAUACAUUUACUUGGCUGUUAUUUGAUGUUGUAUCCACAGUUCCUUAUGAACUUAUUGCUAGCUUAUUGCAUAAGACGAUGCAAGGAUACGGGAUUUUCAGUAUGCUGCGUCUAUGGCGUCUGCGCAGGGUCAGUAAAUGUUUUUCAAGAUUGGAGAAAGAUCGGAACUACAACUACUUUUGGGUCAGAUGCACGAAGCUUCUCCUCGUUGCUCUCUUUGUGGUUCAUUGUGGCGCAUGCUUCUUGUAUUCUAUUGCUUCACAUUAUUAUGACCCUGACCGGACAUUUAUGGCACUUGCGGAGCCAAAUUGGACACAUACUACUCUUCUAGUCCGGUAUGUUACUGCAAUGUAUUGGUCCAUAACCACCUUCUCAACAACGGGUUAUGGUGAUAUACAUGGUAAUAAUUCAAGAGAGAGGGCCUUCAUUCUCUUCUACAUGAUCUUUAAUCUUGGAUUGUUGGCUUAUAUCAUUGGUAAUAUGACCAACUUGGUGGUUCAUGUGACCAGUCGCACCAGACAAUUUAGAGACACCAUCCAAGGCGCCUCAGCAUUUGCUCACAGAAACAAACUUCCAGUUAGAUUGCAAGAACAGAUGGUAGCACAUUUGUCUUUGAGGUACAGAACCGAUUCAGAAGGCCUGCAGCAGCAAGAAAUUAUCGAUUCCCUCCCUAAAGCUAUUCGUUCCAGCAUAUCGCAUCAUCUCUUCUAUGAAGUUGUUGACAAGAUUUACUUGUUCAAUGGAAUAUCCAAUGAUCUUCUGUUUCAGUUGGUCUCUGAGAUGAAGGCCGAGUAUUUUCCUCCCAAAGAAGAUGUGCUUUUGAGGAAUGAGGCGCCGACUGACUUUUACAUAAUGGUUACAGGAGCUGUUGACAUCAUUGCAUGUGUAAAUGGAGUGGAUCAGGUAGUUGGUGAAGCACAAACAGGUCAUAUAUUUGGUGAGGUUGGGGUGCUCUGUUACAGGCCACAGAUGUUCACAGUUCGUACCAAGCGAUUGAGUCAGUUGCUUCGUCUGAACCGUACGUCAUUCUUAAAUCUUGUUCAGGCAAACGUUGGUGAUGGGGCAAUAAUCAUGAAUAACCUUCUUCAGCAUUUGAAAGACUCAGAAGAUCCGGUGAUGAAAGGCAUUUUGGCUGAUACAGAACAGAUGUUGGCUCAAGGUAAGAUGGAUUUAGAUUUACCUCUCAGCUUAUGUUUUGCAGCAGCAAGAGGAGACGAUUUGCUGCUGCAUCAGUUACUGAAACGAGGCUCAAACCCUAAUGAGACCGAUAAGAAUGGCCGAACCGCCCUGCAUAUAGCAGCAUCAAAAGGAAGCCAAUAUUGUGUUGUAUUACUUCUCGAGCAUGGCGCAAAUCCUAAUAUUAGAGAUUCAGAAGGCAAUGUACCUUUAUGGGAGUCAAUCACUGGGAGACAUGAAGAAAUUUCUAAACUCUUAUCAGACAAUGGCGCAACGCUAAGCUUGGACACAGUUGGUCAUUUCUCUUGCCUAGCUGUUGAACAAAACAGCUUAGAUGCACUCAAAGACAUUGUGAAAUACGGCGGAGACAUCUCACUACCGGAUAGCAACGGAACCACAGCUUUGCACAGAGCAGUAUCAGAAGGAAACCUGGAGAUUGUGGAGUUCUUGUUAGAGCAGGGAGUUGAUAUGGACAUGCCAGAUGUUUACGGCUGGACGGCUCGUGGUCUUGCUGAGCAUCAAGGGCAUGUAGACAUUAAAGCUUUGUUUCACAGUCAGAGACCAGUGGAGAAGAAACCGAAAUCUGUUCCAAGUACACCAGAGGUCAAACCAUUGAUGAAGCAUAGUAGCGAGCCUGUAAUGACUCACCACCGUUCAAGGGAAUCGAUGCCUUUCGUUAAAGCUGUUUCUCAAAGACCGAAGAUCAAUAAUUUCAAGAACUCGCUGUUUGGUAUCAUGUCGGCUGCAAACACUGGCGAUGAAGGAGCACCAUGCGCAAGAAGUGAAGGAGUUGGUUUGGUUUAUCCGGCGAGAGUAACGAUCAGUGGUGAGGCAUCCUCCUCUGGUAAAGUGGUAAAGCUACCAAAUUCUCUGGAGGAGUUGUUUGAAAUUGGUGAGAAGAAGCUUGGAUUUGUAGCCACAAAGAUUUUGACGAGAGAAGGAGCCCACAUUGACGACAUUAGGCUUAUAAGAGACGGUGAUUUUCUUCUUCUUCUAAAGGUUUCUUGA